AUGAGCAAAAGACGCUUCUCCGACGUUGCCACCACCGUAUUCCUCGUACAUAAACAGCGUCAUCCGCAGAGGAGAGGCUCCUGCCGGGCAUACUCCACCUUUGCAUCCACCAGUCCGCAUCCCAGUCUCGAAGACGGCGUCCGCCAGGACGUCCAAAUCAUGGUGGCAGGCACGGCUGGGGCCCUGUCCGACGACCUCAUCAAAACCACCCUCUCGUCUGACCUCUUCUUGCAGCAAGAGCCUCUCUCGCCGCGUGCAGACCCGGCUCGCUCCCGCUCCUCGUCAAUCAAGUCCAAGUUGGAGUUCAGCGUUGCCUUGCCAUCCUUGCCUGCGAGUCCGUCCCUUUGUCAGGCACUCGCAUCGGCAUCACAUUACAAUAGUCCGGUUGAGGUACGUUUGGCCAACGCUCUCUCCCUCCGCUCCGAAGCCAACUCUCCCAACGAUGCCAUCAGCCCCACAAUAUUCGGAAAAGAUCAUCGCCCAUCCAAAUCACCGACAAGAAUGGCCGUGCCAACCAUCUCUGCCAGUCCGGAAAAGGCGGCUCAUGCCAGCUCUUCCGCACUCUCACCACCUGCCACCAACACAUUCAGCAACAGCGACUUUUCCAGCGCAGCAGCGCAGCCAUUGAGCAUGUCUCCCUCUCCGGUCAACGGCGUCGCCGAGCCUCUUCCACAACGUCCGAAUCGUCCGGGCCGGCCAACGCUCACGCGUCUCAACACGUCCGAGAUGCUGCGUACACAGACCAGCUCCGCCCUCGAGCCGGCGCUCGCUCCCGCACGGCCCAACGGGAAUCGCAGGUCGCCCACCGCUCUCAAAUUACAGCUCGAUACCUCGGUACCGCGCAGAUCCGCUACGAUGAGUAGCUAUCCGCAUGCCAAUCGACCGAACCAGAGGGCAAUGCUCCAACCGCCGCCGCCAUUGCUCUCACCAGCCACGCCUGCUCGCACCGCUUCCAUGACCGAGUUCCACGAUGCGCCUGCGUCUGCAUCAGGGUCUCGAAGCAGCGCAAACGCGCUCGAAGCUCGCACAGCAGAUCCGCAUCUCGCCAGAAGCAACUUUAGCUUUGAAGAGUUCGAAUUUCAGAUUUCCACCAUCUUGCCGGAUUUUCUCUACCUUGGACCCAACGUGCCUUCCGAACAGGCAGUCGACGAGCUCAAGGGACUGGGUGUGCGUCGCAUCCUCAAUGUAGCAUGCGAAAUCGACGAGCUUGGGCCGCUGCAGCUGCGCGAUCGAUUCGGGCGUUACCUCAAGCUGCCUAUGCUCGACAGCGUGGAGGCCAAAGGGGUGCAGGACAGCAUCGAGCAAGCCUGCUCUUUUCUGGACGAUGCACGCCUACGCUCGGAGCCGGUGUACGUGCACUGCAAAGCGGGCAAGUCGCGAUCCGUGACGAUUGUCAUCGCCUACCUGAUCCACGCGCUUGGUUGGACCCUGCAGCGGUCGCACUCUUACGUGGCGGAGAGGAGAGCGGACAUUUGUCCCAACAUUGGGUUUGUCGCCGAGCUGAUGCGAUACGAGGAAAAGGAGCUCAAGCUGGCUCGGUCCACGGGUAUCUAUGGCGAUCCCGCUCAUGUUGCGGCGCAAUCGACUCCAGCUUUGGUUCCAAGCAUGAGCAACGAUCAGCCGAAGGCUGCGGAGUCGGCGCCAUCACUUGCAUUGCACGCCGCCCGAGACGAUGCUCACGCGCACCUCAACAGCAUCAAGGACUCGAGUGCUGGGGCCACAUUGUCGCAAUCGUCUCCCGAUCUUCUCUCGUCGCCUUUCAGUCAGGAGUAG